AUGUGGAACAAGUGUUUUUGGCCGUCGUUCGGCACUCGUCGCUUUUUGGCGCUCGACACGACGCCCAUUCCGUGGCCAUUUCCACCGCCUAGCGCGUGCAAGGCGUUCGUUUUCGGGUCACCACCACCUUGGUCGUCUGCUCUGCUCUGCUCUGCCCUGAUCCGAUCCGGUCCAGUCCGGUCCGGUCCGGUCCGGUAUGGCCAGCGGCGACGAAGCCAGUACAAAACAGCCAGCACCGACUUCGCACCAACUCGAUCGUCUGGAGAUCUACUAGAGAGCCAUAACAUGGAGCGAGUAGCGGCCGCAGCCACCGUGUUCCUGAGCGUCGGUACCGUACUGGGAUGCCUGUUCUUCGUACCGAUGCUUCUGCGCAAGAUGGACGACAUCCAAAAGGAUGUCCAAAUCGAUAUGGACGAAUUCAACGUACUUUCCAACGACGUCUGGCAUGAGAUCCAACUAGUGACCAGAGUCGUCAAGACCAUUCCGAUCAGAAAGACUAGGCAAGUCGGAGGCGCACAAUGCAAAUGCGAAGUGGACAACACCUGCCCGGCGGGUCCAAUGGGACCAGCUGGCGAACCCGGAAAGGACGGUGAUCCCGGUGAAGAUGGUCCAGACGGUUUGGAUGGUCUUCCUGGUAUCUACCCGCCAGUACCGCUUGACCCAACAGGCAAGUGCCGCUACUGUCCACCAGGACCAGCCGGACCGUAUGGC